GAGGGAGAAGGUAAGAGAGAGAGAUUAAGGAAAAGGAGGCAGAAGGUGUCAGGCAGUUGAAAAAGAGGGAAGCAUAAGAGGAAGAAGGUGGGAGAGGGAGAACGGAUUGGAGAUGAGGAGGGAGGGAGAGAGUGAACAAGGUAGAGAGAACAAGGGGGAGAAGUGAACGGGAGGGAGGAGGUAAACGGGGAGGAAGAGAGUGAAUGUGAAGGACAGUGAAGGAAAGAGUAAAGAGGGAGGGAGAGAGUGAAUGAGGAGUGAGUGGAGGGGAAGAGGGAGAGAGCAUAAAGGAGGGGAGGAAGGGCGUGAGGGAGGAAUCCAUCUGUAACCCUUCCCCCUAAACACUGGAGCCUCGCUGAGAACCCCACCCGUGUCCCUCGGUCUGACCCGGUCGGUGGGUGGGGAGCGGAGAGCCAGUAACCGUAGACCAUGGACCUGCCCCGGGCUCCAGACCCCGGACCCUCACCCAGCCUGGAAGAGGGGCUGUACCCCUUCCCACUGAGCCGGAUGGGCCCAUACAUGCCCGGGCCCGGCGCCGGGGUAGAGGGCGAGGAUGAAGAGCUGAGGGCGGCGCUGAGACGGCGAGAGCAGGACCUGUACCUGGCCGCUGAGCUGGGCAAGGCCCUGCUAGAGAGGAGCCAGGAACUGGGCCACCAGAAGGAGAUCCUGGAGCGGGAGCUGGAGGAGGCACUGCAGCGGCUACAGCAGGAGCGAGUGGAACAGAGGCGGAGGCUGGAGGCUCGGGAGAGCGAGUGGGAGGAGCGACUGGCCGAGCUGGAGAGGGAGCUGAGGGAGCAGGGAUCCACCCUGAGAAAGCGCCGAGAGGCAGAGUGGAGGGAGGCGAGGGAGCUGGCCCAGCACAAUCAGCAGCUGGAGGAGCAGCUCAGCCAGACAAACAGGGAGCUGCAGUGUCUGCGGAACCAGCUCCAGGCCCGGGACGAGGCCCUGCAGGAUCGGACUCUGCACUCACAGCAGCUGGCCCAGAUAAAGUGCCUGCAGGCAGAGAACCAGGAGCUGGUGGGACAGGUGCGACAGUCGCAGAACCAGAUCCAGAGCCUGGCGCAGGAGACCGCCGAGCUGCAGAGACAGAGGGAGGCUCUCCAGGACCAGCUCGGCACUCUGGAGAGGAUCAGCCAGGGCCAGCUGCAGCAGGUACAUCAGGCCCAGAGAGACCUGGAGGAGUUCAGGUCGUCCAAUGAGAGCUUGAAGGAGGCCCUGCGAGAGCUGCGGGAGGAGGCAGGGGUCCGACACAACCGCCAACUCGAAGACUCGCUACGCUCUGAGAUCUGGGCAGCCGUGGAACCGGACACCCUCUCUCUCUCCCAUGAACAGGUGGGGGAGCCGUCCCCUCGGGGAGAGGAGGAGGUGGAGGAGGAGGAAGUCCAUGGGCUGAUGCAGGCGAUCUGUGCCAGCAAUCCUGACCGGGAGCUACAGCAGGCCAUCCACUCCCGUGAUGAGGCCAUCCGCAAGAAACAGGAGGUGGAACGGGAACUGCGACAGGUUCAGGCGGAGAGAGACUCCCUGAGCCGGGAGCUUCUCCAAACCCUGCGGCAGAAGGUAGAGCUCACUCAGGAGCUGGAGGCCUGGCAGGAGCUGAUGGUGAUGGGAGGAGUGGGAGACGCCCGUUCCCUCACACACGAGACGGAAUCUGGGAGUAGGUGGGGGCAGAGAAGGAGAGAGAGAGACUCCGGACCCAGAGACCAGCCACCGAGAAUCCAUGAACUUGCCUCCUGCAUUAAACCCUCUUCUGCUGGAGGCACAGCGGGAAAGGUCGCUGUCACUGCCACUGGCGUGCCCAGGCGGGCUGACUGAGGUGGGGUAUCACAAGCCCUUGGGGCAGCCUCUCUAGGAAGGGAACAAUAAGCUUCCACCAUCUCGGAACAUACACAUCCCCCCCCCACCCCGGGGACUGGAUAGAGAUCAUCCAGCACAAGGAAUCAGUGAAUGGCCUCGGAGAAUGUAGAAUAGCGCAGCACAGGGUCCAUCUCUGCCAAACACGAUGCUGAAUUAAACUUCACCCCUUCUGCCAGCACGUGGUCUAAAUCCCUCCAUUCCCUGCAUAUCAAUUUGUCUUAAUAGCUUUUUAAACAACACAAUCAUAUUUGUUUCUAUCAUCACCAGAGAGCACACCAAUUCUGCACUAUCUUUCUGUCCCCCUUCCCCUGUCACCCCCCCCACAUCUCUGCCACCCUUCUGUUCACUACUCUCUGUCCCCCCCCACUCUCUGUCCGCACUCUCUCCAUCUGUACCACCCUCUCUGACCCCCUCCUCGCACUCUGUUCCACUCUGCCCAUCUCCCCUUUUUUCUCCUCCCUCCCUCCUAUCUCCCUCCCUCUCUCUCCCUGCUCUCUCCACCACCCCUCCAUCCCCUCUGUCUCUCCAUCUCCUCUCUUACCUCUUCUCUCUGUUCCCAUCUCUCUCUCUCACUGUCCCCCUCCCUCUCUGCCCCAUCUUACUGCCCUCCUCUCUCUCUGUACCCCUCUUUCUCUCCCCCUCCCUCUGCCCUCUCUCUCCUUCUGCCCCCUCUCUCUUUCUCCCUCUGCCCCCCUUUUCUCUAUGUCCCCCUUCCUCCCUACCCCUCUCUGUAAAAAUAUACCUUGUCAUACACAUUCCCCUCCCUCUGCUCUCUUUCAAUGCAUGCCCUCUGGUAUUGGACAGUUGGACACUGCAGGGGAAAAGAUACUGGCUCUGUCUUUAAACUGUGUCUCUCAUAAUCUUAUAAACCUCCACUUCGGCCUCCGCCCUCCAGAGAAAACAAACCAACUUUGUCCAAAUUUAGCUCAUGCCCUCUAAUCCAGACAGCAUACUGGUGAAUCUCUUCUGCACCCUCUCCACACCCUUCCUGUGACAGGGCAACUAGAAUUACACACAAUACUGACCAAAGUUUUAUAAAGAUGCAAAAAAUGACUUCCUCUUAGAGACAUUGCCUCAUUUGCCUUCUUUACCACUGUUGAGCUGUGUGGCUACUUUCCGGGACCCUGAGAUCCCUCUGGGAGAUGAUAAUAGUCUCAUCAACCACCUCAAUGUCUUCUAUGGGCAAGCUGAUUCUGAAUCCAAAUGGCUAAUUUACUGUGGAUCCCAGUUACACGAGGCUUCGGGGACGCGGGGGGGGGGGGGGAUGGCGCCUCAUCUCGGACCAGCUCUUCUCGAACUCCAGCCAUGAAAGUUAAGUCCCUUUAAGAGGGAAUUUAAAAACGCAAACAGGAAUUCUGCAGAUGCUGGAAA